AUGGUGGAGUUGAACAGGAAGGUCAUCGAGCUGCACGAAUACGAAAAAGGCCGUAACAACGUGCACAGUGAGAUUAAGCAAAGGGUGUCGAGCCUCAGGUAUGCCGUGUUGGAAGCUGACCGCGAGCACACAGUGUUGCGUAAGAGCGCUGAGACUGCUGAAAAGGCUUUGAAACUGGCUUUGGAGCAGAUUGUGGCGGUGGAAGCAUCAACAGAGUUACAGGAGACGCCGAAAGGACGCAGAAAAAAGAGCUCGAACAAGCGGGAUAGAGCAACACCAGGCGAGGAGGAACGCCCGAAGAAGACAAAGAAUGUUCAAGGUAGCGAGGUCUCGAGCAACGAGAGAGCCAACAGCGAUUGGAACGUCGUCAAAAAUCGCAAGGAGAAGAAGAAAAAUCAGCCCAAAAAGGAGGAAUCGAAAGGUAAUAAUCGGAUCGAAACAGGUAGAAAGCCGGCUCGAGACGAAAGGAGAUCCAAAGAGAACAGGCAAGAACGCCGUCUGCCUCAUCGAGAGAGACACAUGAGAGACGCUCUGCUGGUCAAGGCAAACGACAAACAGUCAGUAGCGAGUAGCUUCUUCGCUGAUCUUCCCGCUGACCAGCAGCAGCGAGACCUAGGGUCGACACCAACGGAGCAAGAGCGAACAACACCCGGCGGUAUAAAAACGUUGUAA